UCUAGUGAUAUUUAUAGAUGGUAGAAAAGGAAAUUGUAUUGUAGAUUUGUCGAGUUAAGAUUAUACAGAAGUGACUUGGUAGAUAUAUUGAAAAGUGUUUUGUGAUAUAAAAUGGCAAAAACCUACGAUUAUUUAUUCAAGUUAUUACUAAUUGGUGAUUCGGGUGUAGGGAAAACUUGUGUUUUAUUUAGGUUUUCCGAAGACGCAUUCAAUACAACUUUUAUUUCGACAAUAGGUAUUGACUUUAAAAUUAGAACAAUAGAUUUAGAUGGUAAAAAGAUUAAAUUACAAAUAUGGGAUACAGCAGGUCAAGAAAGAUUUCGAACCAUCACAACAGCUUAUUACCGUGGAGCUAUGGGCAUUAUGUUAGUUUAUGACAUAACAAAUGAAAAAAGUUUUGAAAAUAUAAAAAAUUGGAUAAGAAAUAUCGAAGAAAAUGCGUCGGCAGAUGUGGAAAAAAUGUUAUUGGGUAAUAAAUGUGAAUUGGAUGAAAAAAGGCAAGUUUCAAAAGAGAGAGGGGAACAACUUGCUGUAGAAUAUGGUAUUAAGUUUAUAGAAACAAGUGCUAAGGCUAGUAUUCGAGUAGAAGAUGCAUUUUUUACAUUAGCUAGAGAUAUUAAGGCUAAAAUGGAAAAGAAACUGGAAGCAAGCAAUCCACCUCGAGGUGGUCACCAACUCAAGUCAUCAGACCCGCCGAAGAAACCUACCAGUUGGCUGUCAAGGUGCACAAUACUCUGACAAACUCCCGGAGCUGCUUAAAACGUCACACAACGCUUAUCCUUUGAGCCUAUCAUUAAUUAUUACCACCGUGCAUCUUCAAAUAAGUGUGAUAGGACAAUUUUUGACAUGUCUUUCUAGAACAGUUAUCUCUAUUCAUUUCUUAGAGUCGUAUAUGAUAAAUAUAAAAAGUGAAAUAUGUACUGUUUUUCUAAGAAAAAUACUAAUCAGUAUAAAUAGGAAUAUUUUGCUCAUUAUGAUUUAUUAGAAAAAUUUAAAACACAAUUUUAUCAUUAAAUAUUUUAUAUAUUCUAAAAAAGUUUAGCCCCUCAACCAUUUCCUCAAUCUCCAGUUGUUUUAAUCAUCAUUAGGUUUUGUUCUUUAUACUGCUCCACUUAUUGACUUCUACUUUAACUUAUAUCAAUUAUUCAGUCUGUUUUUAUAUAAAAUAUAUGUAUUGAAAAUAAAUUUCAAUCCUGUAAAAAGUAAAGCUGUAUUAGUUUUCAAAAUAAGUAGCUGAGUUUUACAGAAGCCUAGUUUAUAUUAUAAUAUAUAAUAACACAAGAAAAAUUGAAAAAAUAUAAACAUUUUCAGUUGAAAUUUAAAUUCACAUACAGCAACAUCAUUUUAUAUAAAUCUUGUUCUACAAAAGCAUUGAACAUCUGUUUUUCUUGAUGAUAAACUAAUACAGUAAUGCUUUGGUAUAUUUCAAAUUGCUAUUUCAUGCUUUUUUUCAGUCUAAUGAAUUGUACCAUUGCUAGUAAUUGUUAUCUUCCAAUUU